AUGGGAUUCCCGCGUCCAUUCCCGCACAAAUUAGCCACACUUCGUCAGGAGAUUGUUGAAAUUUUCCAUGAAGCCCGUUGUAUGCAGUUCAUCAAAACGGCGGCCAAUCACGUUAGACAACAUAUUGCUGCAAACAAGGAGAAUCAGGAAGCACUCGACGUUGAAAAUGAGGUGACAAAAGCACUGGUGGAAGUGAGCGAAGGUCGGGAACCUCUCACAAAUUGCAGUGUGACGAAGGAAGCCCUAGCUAAGGCUGCCGAAGCUGUGCAUUCAUUGCGACCGGACACGUUUGAUAUUCGCUUCAAUCCGGGACGUUUCUCACAACCACAGCCGCAGAAUUCUUACUUGACUACGCAAUUACCGGAAUUUGUGGCUAGUUGUGUAGAUGCCACUGUUACUCCCAUUGAUGGUGAAAGUCUAAAUGACUGGUCCGACUCCUACAUGGUCCCGUUAGCCGUAACUGAGCUUGUGUCGCGCUGCGCAAAGCACGUACUAAGACAGUACAUGAAUACAUUGCCGCAGGAGCAGUUAGGAUGCGCAAUCGCUCAUCUUCUCAAUGCAGUGUUUGGAAAUUUGUCGUCUGACCAUGCAUCUGGUGGAAAUGCUGAGAGGAAUACGAAACGGAACAGCAAGAAGACCAAGAAAGCGUCUGCAAGCGGAGAAUGGGCGUCUGUUAAUACGAAAGAGUUCUGGAAUGCUCUUUGUCAAGAAGCCAAAAACUAUUAUGCAUUUGAUCUCAAGGUUGAUUGUGUCGACUCGGUCGCGGAGCAAUAUGGUGUGCAGAAGAUUUCAUUGUUACGUCGUUUGUGUAGCACGCUGGGAAUCCAGUUAGUGAAUAGGGACUAUCAGCUUGACACUUUGCCUACACGUGCCCGUCAGCCGUUCUCUGAAGAUGAUAUCCAGAACUUGAUUCCUGUGACUAAGCAUAGACAGCCAUGCGCAAGCGAUGCUAAGAAGCUGUUCACUCGUGGUCAACAAGCAAUGCAAGUUGGACACCUGCGCGAGGCUUAUGAAUGCAUCGCAGAUAUCGGUGUGAAUCUGAUGACAUCCGUUUACGGUGCUCUACAUAGCGAACUGGCCCAAGCUCUUCGUCUUUUGGCCCGUCUUUCCUACAUUCUUGGUGAUCCGACCGAAGCUGUUGCUCAGCAACAUCGAGCCGCCUUGAUGAGUGAGCGCUGUAAUGGAAUCGAUCAUGCGUAUACGAUUAUCGAAUACAUCAAUCUCGCUCACUUUGCGUUCUCAAAUCUUUACAUACCAGCAGCUCUAAGACUGCUAUACCGUGCUCGAUACCUGUUGCUCAUU